UGUGUUUCAUAUCAAACCCAAAAAUUAGACCAUUUGUGCCUAAAUUUUAAAGCCUUGCCUUUCGGUUUUUCAACGGUAUCGAUCUCUUUCUCCUUGUUCGUUCCAAUGGAAUCUCCUACUUUUCCAUGCUGGACCCUGGCUUCUCUGCUACCCAUCUCACUGGUUCUGUUUCAUGUUGUUCUAAUCGGUGCAGAGUCAUCAGUCAAUCCACCUGUUCAAAGGGAGGUGAGAGCACAUCAGCCAUUGUUCGAUUGUGAAGGAUGUGAUAACGAAAAGGAUCAGGACAUUUUUUCUGGUGCUGGACUUGGAAAUCCUCUGGAUGAAAAGGAUAUUGACAUAAUUGCGGCAUAUAGUGGAACUUCUGGCAGUAUUCAGAUUAGGAGGGUGAAAAUGAAGGACUUGUCUGCUUCCUGGGUUUUGCAAAACCCCGUAGCUAAAGGCCAUGAUCAGCCAAAGGCUUCCUUGGAAGUUUUCCUUGGCACUUCCUUCUCACAGACAUCAAAGGACUCAUUUCAAUCUGUUACCAAACAUCAAGAUGAUGUCGAGCAUUCUGGGAAUCACCAUCCUCCUAAUUUAGCAACAACCCCAGUGAAGCUGCGGCGCCGGGUAAUGAGGAAAAGAAGGAGGGAUCUCCGAACUGCAUUGUUAAUUCAGCAAGAUAAAGAAGCUGACAACCAGACACGAGCAGCUGCAAUAAAACAAUCUGAAAGCAUGGACACCACGGUCAAGGGAAAGUACAGUAUAUGGAGAAGAGACUACGAAAAUCCAAAUUCUGAUUCUAUGUUGAAACUAAUGCGGGAUCAGAUUAUUAUGGCCAAAGCAUAUGCAAAUAUAGCCAAAUCUGAUAAUGAAACCGGCCUUUAUGACUCACUUAUGGAACACUCUAGAGAAAGUCAACAUGCCAUUGGAGAAGCUACAUCAGAUGCUGAGCUUCAACCUAGUGCACUUGUUCGAGCAAAAGCUAUGGGUCAUGUGCUCUCUAUAGCAAAGGAUAGAUUAUAUGAAUGUCCUACUAUGUUACGGAAGUUACGAGCUAUGCUUCAGUCAAAUGAAGAGAAUGUAAAUGCUCUGAAGAAGAAGAGUGCCUUCUUGAUUCAACUGGCUGCAAAAACAAUUCCAAAACCAUUGCAUUGUCUUCCUUUGCGCCUUGCAGCUGACUAUUUCUUGCAUGGUCAUCAAAAUAGAGAGUAUCCAAACAAAGAAAAGCUUGAGGAUCCUUCUCUGUAUCACUAUGCUAUCUUUUCAGAUAAUGUACUAGCAACAUCUGUAGUGGUUAAUUCUACUGUGCUCCAUGCAUUAGAUCCUGAAAAACAUGUUUUCCAUAUAGUCACAGAUAAACUGAACUUCGCUGCAAUGAAAAUGUGGUUUCUUAUCAACCCCCCUGCAAAAGUAACCGUCCAUGUUCAGAAUAUUGAUGAUUUUAAGUGGUUGAAUGCCUCAUAUUGUUCUGUUCUACGUCAGCUUGAAUCUGCCAGGAUUAAGGAAUACUACUUUAAGGCAAAUCAUCCUUCCUCCCUCACUGCUGGAUCUGAUAAUCUCAAAUAUAGGAAUCCAAAAUAUUUGUCUAUGCUGAAUCAUCUUAGGUUCUACCUUCCUGAAGUUUACGCAAAGCUAGAUAAGAUCCUUUUUUUGGAUGAUGAUAUUGUAGUUCAGAAGGAUUUGACGCCACUUUGGUCUGUUGAUCUGAAGGGGAUGGUAAAUGGUGCAGUGGAGACUUGUAAGGAGAGCUUUCAUAGGUUUGAUAAGUAUCUCAAUUUUUCUAAUCCAAAGAUCUAUGAGAAUUUCAGCCCAAGUGCUUGUGGCUGGGCAUUUGGAAUGAAUAUGUUUGACUUGAAGGAGUGGAGAAGGCAAAAUAUCACUGGAAUAUAUCAUCAUUGGCAAGAUCUGAAUGAGGAUAGAACUCUAUGGAAAUUGGGCACAUUGCCACCAGGAUUGAUCACUUUCUAUAAUCUAACCUUUCCACUGGAUCGUACCUGGCAUGUCCUGGGACUUGGUUAUGAUCCAGCCCUUAACCAAACGGAGAUUGAGAAUGCAGCUGUAGUUCAUUACAAUGGAAAUUACAAGCCUUGGUUGGAUUUGGCUAUCUCCAAAUACAAGCCUUUCUGGUCUAGAUAUGUAAAGUUUGAUAACCCUUAUCUCCAACUUUGCAACAUUAGCGAAUGAUGCUUCAAGAAAAAACUUUGAAGUGCCUUGCAGAAAAAACAUAUAUAUAUAUAUAAACACAGUUCAUUUAAAUUGUCUUUUUUAA